CACAAGUUCAGCGGGAAGCGUCGGUCGGUCGGUCGGUCAGUCAGUCAGUCAGUCAGUCAGUCAGUCAGUCAGUCAGUCAGCCAGCCAGCCAGCCAGCCAGCACCUGUCACCAUGAACAGAGCAGUUGUUUUCGUGUUAGUCGUCUGCUGUGCGUUCUCAGCACUGUCAUUGGCUAAAGAUGAACAGCAAUCCAAUCCUGCAACUGUGACCCCUGCAAAGGAAUUUACACAACACCCCCUCCCCCCGAAGACAACCACCUCCACCCUGAAGACUACAACCACCACCCCGAAGACGACAACCACCCCCCGAAGACUACAACCACCACCCCAAGACUACAACCACCCAGGAACUACCACCACCGCCAAGACUACAACCACCACCGCCAAGACUACAACCACCACCGCCAAGACUACAACCACCACCCCGAAGACAACCACCACUGCCAAGACUACAACCACCACCCUGAAGACAACCACCACCGCCAAGACUACCACCACCCCGAAGACAACCACCACCGCCAAGACUACCACCACCCCGAAGACAACCACCACCGCCAAGACUACCACCACCCCGAAGACUACAGCUCCUCCUCCUGAACCUACUCCCUCUACCAACUUGACUGUAGGAAACUACAGCCUAAAGACAGACAAAAAUGUGACUUGCCUGAUGGCUCAUAUGUCAUUGCAGAUCCGAGUGGCAAGACCAAAGCUCAAUGGAACCUUCAUUGUUCAGCCAAAGGAUACCAAAGCUGUCGGAGAUUGUAAGGGAACCAAGGCCAACCUUACCCUUCAGUUCAAAGAGGGCCACAUCACCUUCAUGUUCAACAAGAGCUCUGCAAACAAUACUGUCUAUGUGAAUGCUCUGUCUUUCCACAUCUCCUACAUCUUCAGCAAAGGAGCAGCUGUGGACCAGUACCAAGCCAAGAACGACUCAGUGAGUCUCUUCUCUGCGAAGGUUGGACACUCCUACUCCUGCAAGGCUGAAUCAAUUUACAUGGGGGACGGACUGUACCUGGACGUCGAUGAGGACCGGCUGCAGGCCUUCAAUCUGACCAAGGCCAAUGACUUUGGCGCCCCUGAUGCCUGUCCUGCGGACCAGCCCAAUUACGGUGUUGCCAUCGGGGUGGGAGUGACAUUGCUGGUGCUCAUUAUCAUUGUGGUGGUGGCGUAUAUCCUGAGCCGCAGGAGGAGAACCGAUGGCUACCAGUCUCUGUGAGGUGGGGAGGGUCAGAGUGAGAAGAGGUCCCCCAGAGGUGAUGCAUGUUAUAAAUUAGUCAGGCUAUGAGGCUCUUUCGCAGGGGCUGAAGCACUGAAAACUAACCUUUCCUGUCCUUUAAUGCCUUUGUUUACCUAUCUUACUGUUCCGUACUGUCAAUUAUCUACAGUACAAGUCCCUGUAGUGAGCCACCUUAAAGAGCUUCAGUAUACAAUCAAUUAAUACGUUGACUUAUUUAUAAAGCUGUUAUAAAUGAAUUAAUUGGAGUAACACUUAGAAGUUGUAUCUAAGUCCAAAGUAAAAGAGAAAUAAGAAUAGAAAAUCACUAAAUUUGCUCAUUAAUCCUUCAAUUCAAGAAAGGCAUUCAAAUAUCAAACUUACUUAUAUAUUGGUCUUUCAAAUUCUGUCUCACUUUUUAUUAACCUUCUGCUUCAACGUGUAGAUUUGUUAUCUAUUCAAUUCAAGAUGUUUCAGCAGAGUCUGACCCACAGAGCAGCAGAGAUAGCUCGGAUUGACCAGACUCCUGCCAACAAGUAACCCGGCCUUGGACUUUAGAUUGAACUGUGAGUUGACGCCCUGUGUUAUAACUUUUUACAUUAAUUUAAAGCCCUAAAGCCCCAAGGUAUUAGUUGAUAGUAUAAGCAGACAUGCAAGUGAAUCAAAUAACAAAAAGUAACAUUCAAAAACGAAUUAGUUAUUUCAUUUUAAAAAUCAUGUAUUAAAUCAUUUUUAAAGUGACAAGAAAACUAAACAGGAAAGUAUAUGUUUGCUACUUUGAGAUUAAUAAUUCACAGUUUACGAAUAAUUUUAUUAAUUAACAGCUUUUACUGUUUCUAUUCCAGUUGCACACUUCAGACUCAAUACAAAACUUUUGAUCUCAACGUGCCAGUAGACAGUUUUUAUACGACAAUUGUUUUGGCACAAAUGUACAAGACAAAUGACCAGAGAAUAUGGUUCUCAUCAAGCCAUUGACACAGUAUUUCGACACUGGGACACUAAAAAUGAUGAUACACAUCAGUAAAAACUGACAUCCUGUGUAUUUGUGUAAUAACUGACCAAGAUGUCUCAUCAUAAUCAGUUCAGGUUAUGGUUUUUAUGAUAGAUAACUCAGUGACUGUAUAAAAAGAUUGACGCCUCUAAAAUCUAUAUCUCCCCCUGGUGGUGAUGCCAUAAAAAUAGGGUGAGAGACUGACAUUAGUGGUCAGAGCUGUGAUCAUGGUGUCAUGAAGUGAAAUAGUCAGAUUUUACCAAUGGUUCUACUUCCACAAAUGUUUUACUUCACUAUGUUAGCAUGGUGUCAAAUGUUUUGUUAUCCCUAUGUUGUUUUAAAGAUUCAAAUCUCGUGUAUUCUGCUAUCCAGGGAUUUUGUAUUGUAAAAUAAGGGAAGUUAACCAGUCACUAACCUUACUGGUGAUUAUUCAUGUAUUUGCAUUAUUAAUCAGCACAAAGGGAAAAUUAACAGGAUGUUAGUAAGGGAUUAUUUUUAUCUUAUCAACAUUAAUUGCACUGAUUGCUGUUUCAACCAUUGUCUUUUUAAUAUGUUAUGUACCUGAUGUUGUGUUUUCAUAGAAAUGUAAGGGUGUAGGUCAGUCUGAUGUGGAUUAAAUGUUUAGUGGGUGCAUACAUUCAUCAGAUCUUAAGAUCUCCUCUCUCCUUCCCCAUCAAGUCCACUCUGAUACACUUCACUGUCCUGGUGUAAUGCACAAACUAAGCUGGUUUUAUAGGGAAUACACUUUAUCGAAUAGAAGGUAGUUCUGGUGAAAGUUGUUAUAUCAAAACCUGGACUAGAACUAGCUGCACACAUGGAAAGCAUGAGGGGGAAAUAUUAUUUGUGUGAGCUGGCUUAAAACCUGCCUUUAAUGAAGACCCCCCCUACUUGUGUUAAUAUGAUAAAAAUGUGAAGUGCUGGGAAAUGACCGACUGGAAUCAAUCACUAGCCAAUCUCCAACUGUGUCAGCGUUGACCGCCAGCUUCUGCAGUAGUUUUACAGAGAGCAGUAGUGGGUGUAGCUUGUCCAAUAUCAGGUAACGCGGUGAAGUGAGGAAGUGAGGAGAAAUGAGGGACCUCGCUGCAUGUAAAGUUAUCCACAGUGUGUGAGCACUUUGUUCACCUGUUUGUAACUGCCUGUGCCAAUAAAGUUUGAUAUAUUCUG